AUGAUUUAAUUAAAAUUCACGAGUCGAAUGUAAUAUGCGCAUUUGAAAGGGUUGGUUUCAGUUGAGUGGGCUGGGAUAAUAUUCUGCAUUGCUAAAUUAGGAACGAGAUGGUCGCUUUUCCUUGAGAAAGGUUAGAUCAAGGUUAAGAUUUUGAGGGGGAGGUGAAAGUAGUAUUUGAUGAAAUACGUGUUUUGAAAGCGUAAACAUCCUGUAAGCGCACAAGGCGAGACUUGUGAAACUUUCACUUGAUCAUUACAUUUCGAAGCGGUGAGGUUGGUGCUAUCAUCCUCCAUAAGGAUUACAAUGGAAGCUCGUAAUGAAUACCCAGAAGAUAUGGCUUUAUUUCAACCAAUUUCUUUGCAAGAUAUGUGUAUUCAAACUAUUUUAUCUUCGAUAUUAUGUAUAGCUGAACUGUAUAAUGUAGAACUGAAUAUUCCUCGUAUGAUUUUAAGAGAUAUAAUAGAGAAAGGUCGAUUCUGGAUUGAUUUUGAAAGUAGUUUCUCCUUAGAGAACAGAGAUGUAUUUUGGGAUGAAAGUUUAACUCUCUAUGAAAGAAUUCGAUUUAAUAAGUGGUUUUCUAAACAAUUUAUUGCCUGGUUUUUCUUUGAUGAUGAUGUUAUAUUUCUUUUACACCUAAAGAUUGCACAUAUCACAUUUGUAAAACAUGUAAUUGUUCAAAAUAAUGAGUCUAAUAUUUAUUUGAAAAGCUGCAACAAAUGUUUAGAAUUGUGGUUACGAUGUCAAACAGACACUACCAGAACGAAAUGUAAAAUUUUCAGAAAAUUCAAUCAUUUCUUAUGUUAUAAUGAAAGGGAUACCCUUUCUUAUAUGCGAAAUGAAGAUAACUGGUGUGAGAUAUGUAAGCAAAGUCCUCUGUAUUUCAUUUGCGACGAGAAUUCAUGUUGCAUUUCUUUUGGAAACUUGAUACACGAAUGUCCCCGAAUUAACCAUGAUCACUGUUAUAAUAAUUGCUAUGGAGGUUAUGUAGAAAACUUUUCUUUUAACUGUCGAAUAUGAACAAAAAUACUGAUACAUUAUGGCAAUAUUCUGAUUAAUCAUUUUUAUUUUAUAAACACCCCCUCCAUGUAUGUUUCGACGAAAAAGAGGGGGGAGGGAAAGAAAUUUUUGUUGAUAUUUAAUGAUUCCAUUUAUGUUUGUAAUAAUGUGAAAUGUACUUUUUGUUUCAUUUGAUUACUUAUUGUAUUAUCAAUAUAACAUCUCACAUGGUAUAAUGAAAAUAAUGGGUUAGUUCCCAUAUUGGAUUUACAUCGAAAAAUCGUUUUGAUUUUUUUUAAAUGUUCAUUUUAAUUUUUGAUACCUUUGUAUAUUUUACAACAGUAAUAUGUUUUUUUGUUUCAUUUGAUUUUUUCAUUGUAUCAUGCAUACAAGAAUGAUUAUUUUGUAUUAAGCUUCUGUAAUCCUUUAGAAAAAAAAAUAAAAAAAUGGACCUUAUCCAAGAGGUCCGGU